UUGUUUGUGUUUUACAACAACAACAACAACCACCAGAGACAGAGACAGUUUGACUUCACCGAGAAGCUCAAUGGACUGAAAUGUCCUCACUGGUCUCCAUUUGUGGUCAGCAGGCACCAGAGUAAACAAUACUGUGGUAGGAUUCCUAUUCGCCAGCUUCUUACUCCAGGUGUCCUAGAAUAUCUGGAUCUGGAUCUGGAUCUGGAUCCUUAACUAGCUAGUAGGUAUUUUAGGCUUAAUAAGAUGCAGCCUUAUUCAUCCUCUCCACCUUGUGGUGGUUGUUGUUGUUGUUGUUGUUGUUGUUGUUGUUGUUGUUGUUGUUGUUUGUCGUCCCAGGAGGAUCCAAAGAAAUUUAGCCACGUAAUGCUUCCCACUUCCGGCCCAGUUCCUUCUUCAAGUGUCGGUUUGAAGGCAGAGACACGUACCGCUUCGGAUGGUGGUGGGACAUCAGGCCUUGUGGGCCGACAGAAUGGAGAACUCCAGAAUAAGCCUGGACCCCCCAUUUCAGUGUGCACAUCAGGGGGCUGUUUGAAGAAGGAGAAGGUGCAGCUGAACAGCUACAUCCGUGAAAGGAAUGUCCCCCACAGCCCAAACAUCAGCUACACUGAAGAGGAAGAACUGAAACAUGAAGACAACCUCUACUGUGAGGAGUGCAGAUCUUUCUUCACAGAUGAGUGUGAGGUUCAUGGACCAGCGGUCUUCAUCCCUGACACCCCAGUUCCUGUGGGGGUCGCUGACAGAGCCAGGCAGACCCUUCCUGACUGUUUGGAGAUUCGGCGCUGUGGUAUUACUGGUUCAGAUCUGGGAGUGUUUAACCAGAGGGAGACCAUCUCUGUUGGUACACACUUUGGGCCAUACGAGGGAGACCUGACGGACAAAGAGGACGCCAUGAACAGCAGAUACUCUUGGGUGUUGCACAAAAAGGGGCAGUGUGCUGAAUACAUAGAUGCUGAGAGAGAGACCCACGCCAACUGGAUGAGGUAUGUGAAUUGCGCUGGUAACGAUGAAGAGCAGAAUCUGGUGGCGUUCCAGCAUAAAGGGGGGAUUCUGUACCGUUGCUGUCGACCCAUCGAACCGGGGCAGGAGCUCCUGGUGUGGUACGCAGAGGAGUACGCCAGAAAUCACGACAUCCCAUUUGACUACCUCUGGAACAGAAAGUGCUCAGUAAAAGAAACGAGUGACGUCCUGACGCAGGUGUUUUCCUGCUCCUUGUGUCCACUUUCCUACACAUCCAAAGCUUUCCAUCACCGCCAUAUGAAGAGGUGCCACCAGGACGAGUACUUGAGGCUUCUGAAAUCAGGCAAGAUUAAAUAUGAGGACCUCGUGAGCUCCGGCCCUCAGCAGACGCCGUCCCGCAGACUUCCGAAAGACCCGGGUGAGGAGGGAGCUCACCGCUGCUCGGACUGCGGCAAGAGCUUCACUGAACGCACUUACCUCCAGCUGCACCAGCGCACUCACACAGGAGAGAAGCCGUACGGCUGCUCGGAGUGCGGAAGGCGUUUUUCCCAGAGUAGUCACCUCAAGAUACACCAGCGCGCUCACACGGGAGAAAAGCCGUACACUUGCUCCGAAUGCGGGAAGAGUUACGGUCAAAAGGGUAACCUCCAGCUGCACCUGCGCAGGCACCGGGGGGAGAAGCCGCAUCGCUGCUCCGAGUGCGGGAAGAGCUUUAUCCAACCCAGUAGUCUCCUGCAGCACCAGCGCAUCCACACAGGAGAGAAGCCUUUCGAGUGCUCCGAGUGCGGAAAGACUUUCCGGCAGCGGGGUCAUCUCCAGCUGCACCAGCGCAUGCACACGGGAGAGAAGCCAUACUACUGCUCGGAGUGCGGGAAGAGCUUCAAACGGCACAGUCACUUCAAACUGCACCACCGCAUCCACACCGGAGAGAAGCCGUACCACUGCUCGCACUGCGGGAAGAGUUUCAGCGACGGAAUGGCCCUCAAAAUGCACCAGCGCUUCCAUACCGGAGAGAAGCCGUACCACUGCCCGGAGUGCGGGAAGAGCUACGCUCUGCUGAGCAGCUUCCUGCAACACCAGCGCGUCCACGCGGCCGAGAAGCCGUAUAACUGUCCGGAGUGCGGGAAGGGUUUCACUCAGAAGAGCAACCUGCAGCUGCACCUGCGCAUCCACACGGGAGAGAAGCCGUACAUCUGCUCCGAGUGCGGGAAGAGCUUCAAUCAGAGGAGUCAUCUUCACCUGCACCUGCGCAUCCACACGGGAGAGAAGCCGUAUCACUGCGCCGAGUGUGGCCGCGACUUCAGGAAUUCGGGGUCUUUAAAGAAACACAAGUGCAGUAAAGAAUUAAGAGUUUGCGUGCCGGAAGCUCUGCCCACACUUGGAGCAGUAAUACGGUUUCUCUCCUGUGUGAAUGCGCUGGUGUUUCUGAAGGCUGCUCUGCUGAGUGAAACUCUUCCCGCACUCGGAGCAGUAGUACGGCUUCUCUCCUGUGUGGACGUGCUGGUGCCUCUGGAGGCUCGUCUGUAUGGUAAAGCUCUUCCCGCACUCCGAGCAGACGUACGGCUUCUCCCCCGUGUGGAUGCGCUUGUGCAGCUGGAGGAUGCUCAGGAGAGUAAAGCUCUUCCCGCACUCCGAGCAGUGAUACGGCUUCUCUCCCGUAUGAAUGCGCUGGUGUUGCUGGAGGUGAGUCUGCGUCGUAAAACUCUUCCCGCAGUCCGAACAGUGAUGCGGCUUCUCUCCCGUGUGAAUGCGCUGGUGGCGCUGAAGGUUACUCUGCUGGUUGAACCUCUUCCCGCACUCGGAGCAGUAGUACGGUUUCUGUCCCGUGUGGAUGAGCUGGUGCAGUUUGAGGUGGCUCUGUCGAUUGAAGCUCUUCCCGCACUCCGAGCACUGAUACGGCUUCUCUCCUACGUGGACGCGCCGAUGCGAUUUGAGGCUGCUGGGUUGAGUGAAUCUCAUCCCGCAGUCCGAGCAGUCGUACGGCUUCUCUCCCGUGUGGAUGCGCCGGUGUCUCUGGAGGUUGCUCACUUGAGCAAAACUCUUUCCGCACUCCGUACAGACGUACGGCUUCUCUCCCGUGUGGGUGCGCUGGUGCAGUCUGAGGCUGCCUCUGCCGAUAAAACUCUUCCCACACUCCGCGCAGUCGUACGGCUUCUCUCCAGCGUGAAUGCGCAGGUGUUUUUGGAGGUUGCUCUGGUGGGGAAAACUCUUCCCACACUAUUUCAGCAGUUUGACGUACUCGUCUUGGUGGCAUCUCUUGAUGUGCUUGUGGAGGUCUCCUUGGUAGGGCCCAAAGUGUACGCCUACGGGGAUAGUCUGCCCCCGGUUAAACACUCCCAGACCUGCACCAGGAAUACCAGACUUCCGAACCUCCAGACCAGAGGGAAGGGUCUGUCUGGCUCUGUCAGCGACCCCCACAGGAACAGGGGUGUCGGGGAUGAAGACCGCUGGACCAUGAACCUCACAUUCGUCUAUGAAGAAAGACCUGCACUCCUCACAGUCUGGAAGGGGAGGACACAACAAAGGGACAUGAAAGGAAAGACCAGAUGCGCUAAUGUUGGGAUCACACCGCACAAAUGCAGCCAAGAUUUGCAGCACCAGAUUUCCAAAAUGAAGAGGUCAGAACCGAACACGAGCUCUGCGGAGCGCGAACGGGCCGGACGUUUCCGACUCGGGUCUAAAUCCGUGCGAAUGGGCGAGCAGCACCGACUCGGUCCAGCUGGAAACCAGGAGCGCUCCUCUGUUUUUAGCCCAGCAGCUCGGCUAACAGCGCAGGAGAGGGACACUCGACAAGCCCCGCCUCCUGCGCUGCGAUUGGCUAAAGUGCCCCGCGUCCCGAGCAACGAUUGGCUAAUGCCUUUAAAACGCCUACGACAUGAAUCCGUCCUGCUGCAAACCUCGCCGUCAAGCAUGGCUCAAACAGCCUCGGCUCCUUGUGUACUCUUUCCUACGCAGCUGCCUUCCGGAGAGACGUCGUUCCGUCACGAGGAGUACAUCAGACUGCUGAAAUCGGGAGAGAUCGAACGCGAGAAUAUGAGGUUCGCAAGAGGCCCCGGUGCUCCACAAACUCUCCUCACCAACCUGCCUCUCAGACGAACCCAGGAAAAGACGGCGAAGAGGAGCCACCAGUGUUCAGAGUGUGGGAAGAGCUUCACCCGACAGACUCACCUCCAUCUACAUCGGCGCGUUCACACAGGGGAGAAGCCGUAUCGCUGCUCAGAGUGCGGCAGGAGUUUCAAUGACAGGAGUAACCUCAGGACACACAAGCGCAUCCACACGGGAGAGAAACCGUAUCAGUGCUCAGAGUGCGGCAAGACCUUCACUCAGCUGACUCACCUCCAGAGACACCAGCUCAUUCACAGAGGAGAGAAGCAGUUCUUCUGCCCCGAAUGUGGGAGGAACUUCACUCAGCAGAUUCACCUUCAGAGACACCUGUUCACCCACACGGGGGAGAACCCGUUCACCUGCUCAGAGUGCGGGAAGCAUUUUAGAGACCGAGGCAAUCUCAGAACGCAUCAGCGCAUCCACACAGGAGAGAAACCGUAUGCCUGCUUAGAGUGUGGGAAGAACUUCACUCAGCUGGUUCAUCUUCAGCAGCACCAGCGGAUUCACACAGGAGAGAAGCCGUAUUUCUGCUCAGGGUGUUGGCGGACCUUCAGGCACUCCAGCAAUCUGAACACACACAAAUGCUCCAAGACACAAAGCCAUGAGUGAGGCUGUGAUAUUAAAAGGUUUUCACAAGCCACAGCUCCAAAAAGUUGGGACUGUACGUGAAAGGCGAAUAAAAACAGAAUGCAGAGAUCUGUAAAUCACA